CCAAAUGUAUCGGGCCGCCCCUGCCCAUAAUUACGGUAAAAAGUUGGGCUCGGGCGGCUUUGGAGAAGUUUACGAGGGAGAACUCCCAAAUGGCGUGCCCGUGGCUGUUAAGGUCCUUACGGGAAGCUUGGAUAAGACAGUUCAAGAGCAGUUCAUGGCCGAAGUGGGGACAAUUGGGAGAACAUAUCACGUCAAUCUGGUGAGGCUCUAUGGCUUCUGCUUCGAUGCCACCGUGAGAGCUCUCGUCUAUGAGUACAUGGAGAAUGGUUCUCUCGACAACUACUUGUUCCGCGAGGAUCGCAAGAUCGAAUGGGGGACACUGCAUGAGAUUGCAAUUGGAACAGCUAAAGGAAUCCGAUACCUGCAUGACGAAUGCCCGCAGAGGAUAAUUCACUACGACAUAAAGCCCGCAAACAUCCUGCUUGAUGCAGACUUCAGUUCGAAGGUAGCCGACUUUGGCCUAGCUAAGCUGUUCAGCGGGAGGAACACUAAUGGAACCAUGGCAGGAGGAAGAGGGACGCCAGGCUAUGCUGCUCCGGAGAUGUGGAUGCCCUUUCCGGUCACAUACAAGUGCGACGUUUAUAGUUUCGGCAUGCUGUUGUUUGAGAUAGUAGGGAGGAGGAGGAAUCACGACACCAGCCGAGGAGAAAGCCAGGAAUGGUUUCCCAAAUGGGUCUGGGAGAAAUUUGAGAAUGCGCGUCUGGAGGUUGUGGCAUCAGUUUGUGGAAUAAGGGAAGAGGAGAGAGAGAAGGCAGAAAGAAUGAGUAAGGUGGCCUUGUGGUGCGUUCAGUAUCAGCCAGAAGCAAGGCCUCCUAUGAGCAAGGUGGUCAAGAUGCUGGAGGGAGAGAUGGAAAUCGCCCCACCAUUGAAUCCAUUCCAGCAUUUGCUCGCAUCUGGGACAGCUACUCCUAACUGGAGUGACAGCAGCACGGGCUCAACAGCAACUGCAGAAACAAGUGAUGAUAGCUCCAAACCUCUGACGAGGAUGCAUGAAAUAGAGAUGGUAAUUUCGUCGUGAAUUAUUGUAUGUCCAUUUUAUAUAAGGCAUCCAAUAUUUUCAUGAUGAAGAUUUUAUGUACAAAAAUAAUUUAUGAGGAAGUUGAUGUCUCUAUUUCUUGAAGAAUACAAGCUACUUGUCUGGUUAAAGGAACCCCAGAAAUUUUGAAGAGGAAUGCCAGAAUUUGCAUGAAAAUGUAAGUACAUUCGACAAGCCUAAUGGUACUCAAAGUUUCAAAACAAUAUGUCAGAUUCUUUUUUU